AUGUCAAGAGUAUCAAAUGCAGAUAUUGAACAAUUUAUAAAUAUUACAGAGUCAGAUUAUAGAACAGCAUACUAUUUCAUAUCUCAUAAUCCAGGAGAUUUGAACAAUGCAAUUAUAGCUUAUUUCGAUAUAGGAGCUGAAGCAGUUCCGCCUGAAUUUCAACCACCUAACUUUAAUUCACGACCUACUAAUUCACCUUCACAAUCUACAGCACGUAAUUCUAAUACUGGUGAUCAAAAUUCAGAAAAUACAAGUUAUAGUAUGUCAGACGAUACAGAAACAAGUAACCAACAUGCUGAAACAACUGAUUCACCAGAACAUUCAACUCCUCAGCUCCAAAUUUCAGGUAUAAACUUAGCAAAUGUUUUCCAACAAGUAAUAAACUUGCUGGGUGAAUCAGCAGACGCCAUGUUAAUACCUCCACCAAAUCUUAAUAUACCUCCACCACUACCGCCUCCUGAAUCUAAUGAAACUACUGAAGAAAAUUCAUCAAAAAAUAAUGAAGAACAAGAACCUCAACAAAAAGAAGAACUACCGACAUUUCAACAAUACAAGUUCCAAAAAUCUACUUUUCAGAAAGAAAGAUUUUAUAAUGAAAAAGAUAUCGAGCAAGCAUUCAUUCAUCUUAAAAAUGAAUCAGCAAAAGUAGAAGAAUCAGAUAGUUCAUUAAAUGCAGAAAAGAUAUAUCCUACAUUUGAUAAAAAUCCAGAAAUUUUACAAAAUCUUCCCCAAAAUCCAUAUCAACAACGACUUACAGCCAAAAAUAGUUCCCCUCUGAAACGGAGAUAUACAGCUAAAAACCAUACAGCGAUUACUCUUUGGAAAAAUGGAUAUUCAAUCAAAGGAAAAUUUACUAAGCUCGAUAAAGUAAAAUACAAUGAAUUUAUGAAUCAGAUUAACUCAGGUAAUAUACCUAAUAACAUUUCUGGCGAUGAUUUUGAAAUUAUUGACAAAAAAUCUUUUGAUUUUUCCUCAUAG